AUGGGGGAUGAUCAGAAUGACAUUAUCGAUUUCGACACUGGAAAUGAGUUUUCAUCGACAAUCAAUAGAGAUAUUUUGAAUGCUCAGCAAAGAGCAAAUAUGAAUUUGCAAGGAGCAAAUGAACUUAACCUCAAUAAUAGUUCCAACUUUAUUGAGAAUAGAUUUUUUGCCAUACCUUAAAACCAUGACUUGAUUGGUAUUUUAACUUAAAUUAUUUUAAUUCCCUUAAUUAUAGCUCAAUCAACGGGAGUUGGAUAAAUAAACAGAUCCUUUGUAUCAUAGAAUUCUCUCAGUGCUAUAAUCAUCCAAGGUGAAAUGCAAUAGAAUUAAUCAAAUGCCUAGUUAUAAUAUGCAGGGGCUAACGCAAACUCAAAUCAGCAAAACAACACCAGACUGCCAUCACAUCAGAGAGCUAACUCAUAAAGCUUAACAUUUUAAAACUAACAUGAUAUAAUCCGGUAAUAGCAAAACUAAUAAAGUCAACCAACUCAGCAAUACUUAACUUAUCAUCACAAAAUAGCAUAGCAACAGCAGCAAUAAUAGCAGCAAAUAAAUACUUAACAAUAGUAGCAGCAAUGGCAGAUCAAUGGAAGCAAUCAACAUUUCGUUAAUUCCUCAUUACAAUCAAACGUCUGUAAUUAUCAUUAGAGAAGUUAUGUGGCCUAUUGCAUGAUGCACAAAGAGCUAAUGUGCGAGGAAUGCUGCGACCUGUCUCACCACAAAGAUCAUCAUAACCAAAUUUUACUUUUAAAAGCAGCUGCUUAGAGCUUCUUAAUUGAUGUUGAUUUUUAAUUGAAUCAGAUACUCUUGCAAAGAGCAUCAAUCAGCAAAUGUGAAGGAUUCAAUCUUAAGAGCUAGAUAAGAAGGCAAAUUAUAGACUUUUUCGAGGAGCUGAAUCAAUAGUUAUCUCUACUCUAAAGAUAAAAACUUGAUGAAUUCAAUAAACUUUUUAAAGAAACCAAUGUCACCAAUAUCCAGUAAAGAGUACAAGAACUUAAAAUCAAGAUCAGCACUUAUGAGACUUUCUUGGCAACGAGGAGAUCAGACUUCGAUUAGAGGAAUUAUGUAGGCUUCUUAACGAAGACAUAGGAUAUAGAGAAGUAUAUAAAAUUAUCAGAGAAAAUACUUAAAGAAUCACAAGAUUUACUUAAAGAAAAAGAUCAACAAAAAAGCAUUGAGUUUAUAUAGGAUAAGGCAAAGGCCUAAGAAAAGAUAAAAAAUGUUAUCGAGAAAACUCUUAAGGUUCCAGUGCUAAAGUAUAACAGGGAAAUGUUAGACACACUUCAUUUCUUUGUCUAUAACACUCAUAAUCUAUUCCUUUACAACUUUAGGUCGCACAGCUACAGAUCUUAUGUAGUAAACAUUAAGAUACCAGCAAACUUUAUGUCUGUUGAAAAUGAAGAAGGUAGGAUUUUCCUUACUGGAGGGGGUGAACCUGGUAAAGCGACUAAAUUUUGUUAUGAGUUUGUCGAGGAAAGGCUAGUUUAAAAAAGAGAUAUGCUGUUUGAGAGAAGAGCACAUACUUUGACGAGUGUGCUAGUUGAUGGCAAAAAAAGCUAGAUCUUUGCAAUUGGUUCUUCACUUCCAAACGAGUCUAUGAACAAAUGCGAGUUUUAUGAUGUAGCCUCAGAUACUUGGACUUAAGUAGCGAAUCUUAAUACUAAGAGAAACUUUCACACAACUAUCGCAUUUGAUAACUAAUAUCUAUACGUAGUAGCUGGAUUCAACGGAGGCUAGAGAACCAAUCUUAUUGAAAAAUUUGACUUGAAAAAGAGACAAUAGUGGGAGACUUUAAAUUUGAAAAUCAAAGAAAAUACUAACUGGAUUUGCCUGGAGGGGUGUGGCUUGUUCUAAAUAUCUAAUCAGCAUAUAUUAAUCUUUGGUGGCUUUACUACUUCUGACUAAAAAACAAACCAUUGUUACUUGUUUAAUGUCUAGUCUAAUGAAAUUGAGCAGCUUAAUUGCAAGACUCGUACUUAGAGUAACUUCUAUCAAAGACAACCUAAAAUUGGAGGUGAUGGAAAGCUUUACUGCGUAGAAACUAAUUCUUUAGAUUUACAUGUAUUUGAUAUGAAGACUUUCGAAUGGGAUUUCAUUGAUAGAAAAUUUAUUGGCUGGUGA